AAGAACGAAAGCUUCUCGCUCUCUCUCUCUCUCUCUCUCUCUCUCUCUCUCUCUCUCAAACUCUCAAACUCUCUCUCAAACUCUCUCAAAUCUCUCAAACUCUCAAACUCUCAAACUCUCUCUCUCAAACUCUCUCUCUCUCUCUCUCAAACUCUCUCUCUCUCUCUCUCUCUCUCUCUCUCUCUCUCUCUCUCUCUUUUCCUCUCUCUCUCUCUCUCUCUCUCUCUGAAAUUUCGUUUUUCAUCAUUUUCCAAAAGGUACUGACUUGGGGCGUAAAGAGAGAGGGUGUGUGUGUGUGUGUGUGUGUGUGUGUAAGAAAGAAGACAAAAGAGCUCUUUUGGCUCGUGCUCUUUGCUCAUCCUGUUGGCUGGACCCGUGCGCAAGAAGAUUGUGCCACCGCCAGCAUGUCGCGGCGUGCGGAGGAGCUUCUCAAUGCGGACACGGACAACUAUUAUGCUGUCCUGAACGUCCCCAAGGAGGCAACUGCCGAUGAAAUUCGUGCUGCGUUUCGUCGCCUCUGUGUCUUCUAUCACCCAGACAAGCACACCAAGCCAGAAGCACAAGAGCUGGCCAGCACUCUCUUUCCCAAAAUUCAGCGCGCUUACGCCGUCCUUUCCGACCCGCAAACCCGGGCCAUCUACGACCUUUAUGGCGCUGCCGGUGUUGAGGCUGGCCAUGAGCUCGCGCCAUAUUACAACACCGUGGCCGAGCUCAAGGCAGAAUAUGACAUGCUGCAGCGCAAGCAAGAACACGAGCGCCUUCUUGCCAUGUCCGCGCCUCGGGGCUCGCUGACGUUGAACUUGGAUGCCCGAGAUGUUUUUCAAGCCGACCCCGAUGAGGACGAAGGGCCUCUGGCGUACGUGACGAAGCACCUCGCCUGUAGGCAAACUCCUGAACCCAACGCCAUGCUUCAUCUGAGACUCACGGACCAACACGCCUGCUCUAGUCUGAUGAACCGAGUAUACAUCUCGGGCAUGAGCAUUGAUCAGUCUGUUCGGACACAAUUGACUUCCAAGGACACUUUGCAGUUGGAUGGCUUUCUGGUAUCGCGGGACUCGCGGAGCGGCGGGACCCUCAUCUCCACUUGGAAGCGGCAAUGGGACCAAGGAUGGGCCACUGAGAGUUCUUUGGGUGUGGGUGACAGUCGUUUCGUGGCCCUCAAGGCACAAAAGACGCUGGAACAGGGGAGGUGCGUUAGUGCGGCCCAAAGAGAGAGAAACAGAGAGAGAGCGAAGCACUGCGCCUCAUCUUCGUGUCGUGACCCUUCUCCAUGGGCUCUAUCAUGGCCUAUCACAAUUAGUUUUGCAGUUUUUGAGUCCAGCUUGCGCGAGCUGCACGUUCGCAACCGCACAGCCGUGGCCAUGUCGGCCAGCGCAACCGUGUAUCGGAGCUUGGCGCAGCAUUUGUAUGGCCUUCUUCAGUGGCAGAUCGGAUCGGACUCGGCUAUGAAGACAGCCAUUGUCUAUGACGACCAGCGCAUUGCUUCGCGCUUUGAAUUCAAGAUGGGCGCCAGCGACACGGCUGCCUCAACCUCCGUUACCUACCCGCUGACCGACGCCACCAAGAUCAAGCUUUCAGCCAUGGUUGGCUUGAAUGGCUUUCAAGUGGGCUAUAGCCUGAAGCACGCCAUCACAGAGCACAGCGCGCUGGGGCUGUCACUGGGUUGCCAUUCCACCGAUGGCAUUGUUGUCAAAGCCAAAUUUGAAACCAUGCAUCAGACAUAUGGUCUUCCCAUCUUCCUCAGUGAUGAGCUGAUGCUUGAGCCCAUCAUCUACGGCACCUUUUUCCCGAUUGUCGGCUUUUUCGCGGCCAAGCACUUGAUCAUUGAUCCUUGGCAACGAGCUCAAGAUCGACGCAAGAAUGAGGAGCGCCGGCGCCGAAAUCGUGCGGCCGUUCAGGUUCGCCGUCAAGAAGCCUUGGCUGCUGUCCAACUAAUGCAAGAAACUGUUGAGCGCAAAAUUGCUGCGGAAGAGAGUCGUGGCGGUUUGAUUAUUAUUCAAGCGUGGUAUGGCCAGCUAGCAUCUGAUUCGUCUCCUGCUGCCCAAGAUAGCACAGUGAUCGAUGUGACCAUCCCCUUGCAAUGCCUGGUCAAGGACUCAGCUCUGCAACUCCACGCUACGUCCAAGGCGAGUAUUGUGGGUUUCUAUGACCCAUGUCCCGAGGAUGCCAAGCAGCUCCGUGUACUUUACCGCUUCCGUGGUGCCUUGCACGAGGUGACCAUUGAUGACCUGGAAGAGCUUCGCAUGCCGCUUCGUUCCCAUGCUCGCUCCCGGCCUGCCGCUUCGGCCUCGAAUUAAGACAGAUACUUGA